CUACCCUCGCAACCCAGUCCCUGUGCCAGUUCCACCCCUCUCGGCCUCCCUCUCUGAAACUGAAGAAAGUUUGAAAUUGAAAGGAAACAAACCCUAGCCAACGCAGCCCCCACAGCCCCGCAUCGUUGUCAUCGCCGAACCCUUCUCUCCCUUCUCUCUCCGUCGCCCUCUUUGUGUCUCUGUCACUGCUUCUCGCCGUGGUUCGUCGUCGCCGCUUCUCUGCUCCUCGUCGUGGGUCGUUUUCGCCGCUUCUCCGCUCCUCAUUGUGGGUCGUCGCUGCUUCUCCCUUCCUCGCCGGCGUCGUUUCUGCUUCUAUGCUCCUCACCGUGUCUCGCCGUCGUUGCUUCUCUUUUUCGUGUAUUGUCUCGCAGUCGCAGUUUAUCUCCAUAGCCAAAAUUUUCAAAAUUUCAACCCUCAGAUAAUGAUUUUGAUUGGAUUGCCAUAAAUCUUCUUCAAUAGUCGCUUUGCCAUUUCUCACAAGUUGAAAAAUGAAGUUUCUUGAUUGGUACUUGAAGAUUGGGGUCGUUUCGGCUCUGGUUGGGGCUUCUAUGGAGUUGUUCAUGAUCAAAACUGGUUUCUUGGGGGAAGGCACAUGGAGGGACAAAAGACUAUUGGUUGCUCCCAGGAUGGCAUGGACUUGGGUUGAGUUGAGAGGGAAGAAUUGGAACAAUGACAAGGUAACUGUUUUGGAGUCAGAAAAGCGAGCCUGGGAGAAUUCCCCAGAGGCUCAGGCAGUUAGAGAUGCUCUCAAUCCUUGGAGACAUGUUGAAGCAGAAGGAACAAAAAGCAUUUGAAGUUCCCAUCCAGUUGUGGUUGCGGUAACUCCUUUGCCAGCCAACAAGUUGUGGGCAAACUCCGUUGAUUGCUCCCUUCAAUUUUGUGUUACUGCCAUAAGGCUUUUCAGUCUUGGAUUAAUUCUACUCAGCUCUUGAUGAUGUUUUGAAAGUUAUAGGUAGUACACUACAACACCAAGAUGAGUGUAGCGGCAUUCUCAAUAAUAAUAAGCCUUGUAUCUUAAAUUGUGCACCUAAUUUACCACUGUGACACAAAUCUUCUAAUAUUGUGAAUCUUAUGCAUUUCAUUUGAUGUUAAA